AUGAAGGACAGCGGUGUUGAGUAUAGUAGCAACAAGAAGCACAAAAUCGUGUUCGUUUUGGGUUCUACUGCUACCGGAAAGUCAAAACUUUCCGUCGACUUAGCCACUUUCUUCCCAUCCGAGAUCAUCAAUUCCGACAAGAUUCAGUUCUAUAAAGGCCUCGACAUAAUCACCAACAAGAUCAACCAAUCCGAUCGUCGCGGCGUUCCUCAUCAUCUCCUCGGCGUAAUCCACGAGCCAGACGCCGAUUUAACAGCCGGAGAGUUCUGCCGUCUCGUCGAAGACUCAAUCGCCGACGUUAUCAGCCGCGGGUGCCUUCCGAUCGUCGUCGGAGGUUCAAACAACUACAUCGAAGCACUAGUUGAGAAUCCGAUUACAGAUUUUCGCUCGCGGUUCGAUUGUUGUUUCCUGUGGACCGAUGUUGCUCUGCCUGUUCUGUACAAGUACAUCGGGAAACGAGUGGAUCAAAUGGUGGAAUUAGGGCUAGUGGAAGAAGUUGGUGAGAUGUUCGUUCCUGGUGCGGACUAUAGCCGCGGAAUCCGCCGCGCAAUCGGCGCUCCAGAGCUAGAGAGUUACUUCAAAGCAGAGAAGAACAACGAAGAAGAAACGUACAAGAAGGAAUUAUUGAAGUCGGCGAUUCAUGAAAUUAAGGAAAACACCUGUAAACUGGCGCUCCGACAAUUCGGAAAGAUCCACCGGCUGAGAGAUGAGCUCGGUUGGGGACUCCACCGGAUCGACGUUACGGCGGUGUUUGAAAAGAGCGGAGAAGAGGCGGCAGAUGAGUGGAUGAAUGCGGUUCUGAAACCGAGUUUGGGGAUCGUUGGAGAUUUCUUGAACGAAAAACAGAGAAGUUAUCAGAUGGAAACGAUGACGAAGAACAGAAUGGGGGUGAUGAAUAAUGGGUAUGAAGAAUUGAAAGGGAAAUGGAAUUUUGGAUCAAAUAACGCGAUUGGAUUUGGUUUAGUGAUUGGAUUUACGUCGUUAAGUUUAAUGGCGAACUGGAUUUUGAGUUGGAAAUGAAAGCCAAAUACGGAUUGGACCUUCAAACUAGCUUUAAUAAUUAAUAUGAAAUCCAAGGGUUUGAAAUAAUUCUGCUUGGUUAAUUAGUUAGUUAAUUAGAGUUUUAUGUAUCACUAUGUAAUCAAAUAUGAUGUUGGGAAAUAAUGAAAUUAUAA